CCACCCACACCCGCCGCGCUCCAUACCUACAAUGCGCGCCCUCCUCGCCGCAACGCUCGCCCUCCUCCCCACGCUCCUCGCCGCAACAUCCACGGACCUCAUCUCCGCCUCGCGCAUAAAAGUGCAACUCUUCGCCGCGCCGGCCUUCCUGAGCGAAGUCUCCGUCGACGCAUACAGCAACAUCUGCCUGUCGCUGGACAACAACCUGAUUGACGGGCGGGUGCAGAGUAUCCUUGUGGGGGGCCAUGAUGUGGGGACAGUGUUGGGUCGGGAUGAUUACUGGGGGUGUGCGUUUUACGACAACUACGAGUGCAAGGGCGACACGCAGGAUCAGUACCUCAGUCUGCCUGACGGAGUGAAUAAUCUCGGGAGCAUUGGGUGGGGCACAAGGAUACACAGUUUGAAGUGCAAGAACUCGGAUCCGGCGGCGUAGCGUGAGGAUAGAUUGGUUGGGAUGAUGCAUAGCGUCGCGAGGUGUAUAUAAACAUGCGCAGGGGCAUGCAGUGGGACGGCUUUUGACAACACAUAGCAAGGCGUUUGGGUUGGUUUCGACAUUUUCAAGGGAUAGAUACCCAGAGAUCGCGGAUAGGGCGUGUUCAGACGCGUCCGUUCAGGGCGUUCAAGUGCAAGGCAAUGAAAUACAUAGUUGCGAGUGUGCAUGCGUGAACAUGAUG